UGUGGUGAUCGGCUUUAAACUGCGGCUGACUUGAAUCUGUCGGCUUAAAUCAGCGGUCGGCCCUGCAACCUGCCCAUCUGGUCGCAUAUUGAUGACAUCACCACAUUGGUUGCUGAAGCAGCGAAAGUAGCUUGUACACCUGUGACUGAAUGGACGCUUUUAAAACAGUCACACGAGCAGACCGUUUUAUAUUCCAGGCUCACGAUGUCUUGGAUGAAAACUGCGUUCAGUGGUCAAGAUGUUUUCGACGAGAAUGCAGACGAGCUUAAUUUACAGAGUAAAGAGUGGGCAGCCAACAUGAAGAAACGGGUCAUGGAUGGUUAUGUAGACGGAGUUGAUGCCGGAGAGGAGGCCUCGCUUCAGGCCGGUUUUAACCAGGGCUUCAGGGAAGGAGCAGCUCAGACUGCAGCGUUGGGUCGCCUCAAAGGAAUGGUCAGUGCAAUAUGGUGCUGGUGCCAGAUCCAGCAUCCAGAAACCCCUCCCCCAGUCUCUGUGACUGACCUCCUGCAACUGGUAACACAACAUGAAGACCAAAUCAUGGAAAGCAUCAGGAAACGUCUGGAGAAUCCUCCUUUGAGUGUAAGCGACGUCUCUGAUAGCAUGGAGGAUCUGGAGGUAGAACAGGCAGGACCAAGCAGCUGUGUAGAGAAAGAGCCGGAGUGUUGCAGGAGCAUACAGAAGAUGGACUUGGGCGGUCCUCAUCAGUUACAGAAUAUCUGCUCAAAGUCCACUGACUGCUCAGGUGAAAGUCUAAAUGUCCUGCUCCAGCGCUGCAUGGAUGUGAUAUCAGAGCUGGGACUGCCACAGGAGCUGAUUGUUCAUAUUCAAGAGCUGAAGAGUGUGUAGCAAUCACAUUGAAUCUCACUAACAAUACUUGAGAUAUUGCACAAAACAAGCUUUUGUGUCACUUUUAUAAAUAGAUGUUUAUUUAAUGUUUACAAUGUAAACAUUGUUUGUAUUCAAUUUCUUAAAAUAUUUUCAAAAUAAAUAAGUAAUUUCCA